AUGAGGUGCAAUAUACUCCUGGCCAGUGUAGUCACUGUAUCAAUUGGUUCGGCAUGUGCUUCUAUAUUGACCAAAGUCGGUACUGUGAAAGAGUCGGCGAUAUUAGUUCCUCGGAGGGAGCCUUUUCCUUACGCGCCUUACACCAUAGAUCAGCCAAUUGAUCAUUUCCCAGAUGAUCCAGUUUACGCUCCACACACAAAUGCUACAUUCAAACAAAGAUAUAUCUUCGAUACGACGUACUAUAAACCUGGAGGUCCUGUCUAUCUCUACAUUGGAGGAGAAACCAAUGGCGAGAAUAGAAUCAGCAACCUUGAGACUGGAAUCAUUCAGAUAUUGAUGGAAGCUACAAAUGGUCUUGGAAUUAUCCUCGAGAACCGGUAUUAUGGCGAGAGCUGGCCAUUUAGCACCAGUACCACAGAUCAGUUGGCAUACUUGACUAAUCAACAGACCGUUGCAGAUAAUGCGUACUUCGCUCAACAUGUAGUCAUACCUGGUCUCAAUGCUAGUAUUAAUGCACCAGGCACCAAAUGGAUACUUUAUGGAGGUUCUUUGGCUGGUGGUCAGACUGCGCUAUCAGUGAAACUCUACCCGAAAGUCUUUUUUGGUGGUAUCGCUGCCAGCGCUCCUGUCAAGACUGUUGUGGGAUACCCAGAAUGGUACAAUCCGAUACAGAAAUUUGCUCCUCAGGAUUGUGUUGCAAGCAUUACCGACAUCAUAUAUAAAUUCGAUGCCCUUGUGUCUGCCAACAACACACGUGCCAUCAAGGAAUUCAAGUCCUUGUUUGGACUUGAGGCUUUGACUGACAACAGAGACUUCGCAAUGGCCAUUGCAUUUCCCAUUGGAGGACCAAUGAACUAUCCGAUGGGUACAUGGCAAGAUCUAAACUGGAGUCCGUUGUAUACUUCAAACGAUUUCUGGAACUUUUGCUCGAACGUCACGAACCCCGAUGCACCCAAGAAGAUUACCGAAAUCGAUUACGCCCUCUCAAACUAUACGAGAGGGGAGCCAUGGACAAACCUGGGAAAUUAUGCCACUUAUAUCAAGAACGUCCUGAUCCCACUAUGUGGUGGUGCCGAUAUUGAUAGCACAUCGUGUUUUGGUACCCAGAACGAGACGUACUAUGCCGACGUGACAAAUGGAGCAGGUCGUUCAUAUCUCUAUACAACAUGCCUUGAGCUUGGUGCUUACCAGGUAGCUCCCGAGACUGGUCCAUCAUUAAUUUCUCGAGUGCUUCAAGCAGACUACACCCAACAAUGGUGCACCUGGGCAUUUCCACCAGGAAAAUACAAUUCCAUUCCGCCAGUCGUCAACGUCACUCUCUGGGGUCAAUAUGGCGGGUACAAUUUCUCUGCCGAUCGCCUAGCUUUUAUUGACGGAGCCAACGACGUGUGGCUCGACCUCUGCUACCAUUCCCACUAUGCACCCAGCCCCCGCAUCUCCACGGAUCUCCAACCCGAAUUUCUCAUCACGGGCGCAGGCCAUCAUUGGGAUUCCUACGGCAUCUUGGAUAUAGCAGCUGAGCCAUUGUUCAUUCAACAGGCGCAUCUUUGGGAGAUUAGAAUUGUCAAGAAAUGGUUGAAGGCGGGUUGGUAA